CUAUAAAAGGUAUUGUCCCUGCGCCUCCGCCGGCUUGAGCACAGAUACCCAUCCGAGGGACCUUGCGUUUUCUGCGAUUCCGCGACAGAUGCCUUGCAUGCCUUCCUUCUUCCACAAGCGACGCAAGCCCGAGACGUCUCCGCCCCAGGUGACAGCGCUGGACGUCGACGAGAUCACGCGCAAGCUUGCAUCUCUCACCACGAGGGAUGAACAUGAGGCACACAUUGGAAGGCAGAGCGCGUUCGUCGGUGGGUUUCAUCCUGAACUGAAUGGCGCGUUGCGCCCACCUGCACGCCAUGGAAUGCCAGGACCUCGCCCUGCGCCGCCGACCCUGGUGUCAAUGCCCACUCCCCGGCCAGCGAAGCAUCCCAUGUCUCGGACAAUGCAACACGCAGUGUCUGAUUCUCCUGCGCGAGAUCACGCGCAAACGAAUCACAAAACAAGCCCGCCUCCGCCACUUUUCAAGCCGGUACCGCCUGCGCCUUCUCGCACCAAACCACCUCCCGCUAAUGCUGCACAACAUCCUACUACGCCGAAACGCCCUCACCAGAUUCAGACGCCCGGGUCUGCUCAUCCGAAAGAGAAAGCGUCGCGUCCUCCUCCCGUGCAAGCCCAACCUACAGGUCGACCGAGAUCACAAUCAUCUCCUCCGUCGCCUACUGCGUCUCUACCUGUGACAUCCGUUACGAGGGAGAUACUGCAAUGCAGAGGCACGACGAAAGCAGGUGCACGAUGCAAGCGCAUGCUCCAUGUGCCGGCGGCUCACCAAGACGAUCCUGAGUUCGAGGUAUACUGCCCAGCGCAUGUUAGCGACAGGCUAAAGCCUUCUAGUUUCCCAACGAAAGACAACCGUUGGGUUAAGUUCGAAGAAUGGAUACCAACGUACUUGAAUACCCUCACGCAAGCAAACUUACGAGACGUCAUGCAACAACCCAUCUCCGACGCAGACCGUCCGGGCUAUAUCUACAUGUUCGAGAUACGAGAUCCUGAUCAGCCUGGCCUCGUCCUAUUCAAAGUCGGACGAGCGGUAGUUCUAAAUCGGCGCAUCGACCAAUGGAGCAAGCAAUGUCCAUCUAAGGAGCAAUAUCUCCGCUAUUAUUACCCUUGGCCCUCUCAGGAAGACCAACAGAUGCUCGCGAGGGGCCGUGUGCAGCCCGGCCCGCCGGGAGCGUGGUGUCAUCGUCUGGAACGGCUGGUUCACCUCGAACUGACGGACCUGUCCUUAAAUGCAUUGUACAACGACGCCAUAUUCCCUGACGUGGAGCCGAAAGCCGAGCCGCCGAAGAUGCCCGAGAGGAAGCCGUGUGUUGACUGUGGAACGCUGCACCAGGAGAUCUUCAGGUUCCCUCUCGCGCAGCACGGCAUGUACAAGGGGCGAGAAUGGGAGACCCUAGUGAAGCCUGUGAUCGACAGGUGGGCUCGGUUUGUGGAGAAGUAUUAUCCCAUGGAGAAGGUUGAAUAGAUGGAUUGGAUACCCAGCAUAUUUUUGACAUUUACGCAUACAUUUCUUGACACUUGCUACUCAUGCUCUAGCUCAACUUCACUCACAUUCAGGAUGAUUCAAUGUAUAUAUGUAUCUAUUACGUAUUUGUGUGGCCGCUAUGUGUAACUCAAUAUCCGGGCCGGUGUCCACCUCUGGCAGUUUUGCGCGUUUUGUGACGGUGU